GGUUUUUUCUCUUCAAGGGUUUGGUGAGGUAGAGGUAAAUGAAUACGUCUUGCGGAACAGAUAGUAGUUGUUUUGUUCUGGUUAUUUUCUGUGUUUAUUUUUCUCACUACCCAUCCACCGUAAGAGACCCUGGCCUGUGGACAUUUGUAAUUACAAAAGUAUUGGUUCAACAAGUUGCCUACUAGCGUCCUGGCUUGAUGAGGAUGGGAGAAGAACCUGCGACAAGAGAGCCGGAGAUGUCUGACGCUGGCUCGGACGAGGAGCUGGAGCUUCCCGCACCGAUGAUGGAGCAGGGGAGUCACRACGGGAGUAUCAGAAAGGGUUGUGAUCCCUGUUCCCAGACCCAACGCAGUAAGCUGCAGCACCGUAGAGCUCGUAUCAACCAGCAGAUAAACAAGGAGAUGAGGAUGAGGGCCGGGGCUGAAAAUCUCUUCAGAGCCACCACUAACAACAAAGUGAAGGAGACUGUGGCUCUAGAGCUGAGCUUUGUCAACUCCAACCUGCAGCUACUGAAGGAAGAACUAGAGGAACUCAACAGCAGUAUGGAGGUCUACCAGACAGAGAGUGAAGCCAUCAAUGUUCCCAUGAUCCCACUGGGUCUGAAGGAGACCAAGGAAGUGGACCUCACUGUUCCUCUCAAGGAAUAUAUCUGUGAGCACUACAGGGAGGACAGCUCUCUGUUUGAGAAAGAAAUCAAGGAGUUUAUGGAGCUCAGACAGGCCAUGCGUACCCCCAGUCGUAACGAGGCAGGUUUGGAGCUCCUGGUAGAGUAUUAUAACCAGCUGUACUAUCUGGACCAGAGGUUCUUCCCCCCACACAGAACACUAGGAGUCCACUUCCACUGGUAUGACUCUCUGACAGGUGUGCCGUCAUGUCAGCGUGCUUUGGCAUUUGAGAAGGGAAGUGUGCUGUUCAAUGUGGGAGCUCUCUACACACAGAUAGGAGCCAGACAGGACCGCUCUGCUGCAGCUGGCAUAGACAGGGCUAUAGACGCUUUCCAGAGAGCUGCAGGUGCAUUUAACUUCCUGAAGGAGAACUUUUCCAACGCUCCCAGUCUGGAUAUGAGCGGCCCGUCGCUAUGCAUGCUGGUCCGGCUGAUGAUCGCCCAAGUGCAGGAGUGUGUGUUCGAAAGGGUCACACUCACCACGCAGGACACACACUUCACCUCCCAGCUACAAGUGGCUCAAGAGGCCGCACGAGUAUCAGACGUGUAUAGCUUGGUGCUCCAGACCAUGUCUCAGCCCCUAGUGAAGGACUAUGUCCCAUUCUCCUGGGCCUCCAUGGUUCAGGUGAAAGCAGAACACUUCAGAGCUCUCUCACACUACUAUGCUGCUGUCGCUCUCUGUGACCUCACACAGUCCAUUGAUGAAGAAGAGUGUGAUGAAGAGGGAGAGACGGCUCUCCUCCAGCUCCAUGUCAGUAAUCCUGCUGGACCCCCACUCAGCCAGGUGCUCAGAGACCCCGAGGAGAGACGCAAACUGGGUGAGAACGCUCCUCAAACCCAGCAGAAGCCUGAUAUAAUUCCACCCAAUUUCUCCACUGUCCAAGUCACUGACAUCUUCCGAAGGCUGGGUCCCUUGUCAGUGUUCUGUGCACGGGCGCGCUGGGGGCCGGUGCGUUUGGUGUGUCUCCAGCGAGGGGAGGGSGGUCUGGGGCUAACUCUCAGAGGAGACUCUCCUGUUCUGGUGGCUGGAGUAGUGCCGGGGGGAUGUGCUGAGGAGGCAGGUCUGAGAGAGGGGGACUACAUCGUGGCGGUGGAUGGAGAGAACUGUAAGUGGGCUAAACAUGGAGAGGUGGUCCACAACCUGAAGAGCUGCAGUGACCGAGGAGUGGAGCUCGGCGUCAUCACACUGCACACACACGACACACAGGUGGAGAGGAGGUCAGUGAUGCUCUCCCCCAGUGGAGACAAAGAGAACGCUUGGCAACGGACCAUGGGUGGGGCUAAGGCCCAGAGCUCCGUCUCCUUACUCAACUGGAACAGGAAGAAAAACAGGGAAGGGGGAGGAGUCACCAAGAGACUGGGCAGCACCUUCAGUCUGCCGUUUGGAAACCUCAGAGACAGUGAAUCCAUGUACUGAGAUAGACGGAGGGCAAGUUGAAAUGGUGCUCGAUUCCAUACAGUGCACUUCCAGCCAAAAGUAGUGCACUAGGGAGUAGGGUGCCAUUUCAGACUGUGCUAUAGACAGACAAACCACUCAGGGAAUGGCAAAGGGACAUGUUCCAAUACAAGGAUGAGUUGUAUAUGGCUGGAUAUUCCUAGAUAUUGUAAUGCAUUAUAGCAGCAACGCAAGGAACAUUCCGAAUAGGAGAAUUGUACKAAGAGAAGAGGAGGAGGAUGCUAUGUCCAGAUGCCCAGGGAAACUACAGUGGUUUUAGAAAGCAGCCAACUGCAGGUAUAUGUCACUGAAGGGGUUAAGAGCAUCAUGUAAAUGACGUCUUAAAAUAGACUARUAGUUGUGGCCCAGUAUUGUUGUAGCUGACUUACUAUACAGCUAAAGGGCUUUAGAGAGAUGAAAGAAGAUAAACUGGACUUACUGUCAAACUACAGCCUCUGGUCUUAAGACAACGUCAUCAUGUUGUCUUAAUGUUGAAAACAUGUUGUUUUACUGUUUACUGUAUCCCAGAGUCUUGCUUUUCCACUCCGGUCUUAAUGAGGUUACUCCCAACCGUUAAAACAACAAUCACACCUACAUCCAUUCAGUACGUGAGUUUAGCGCUUACUUUCUCAAGCUAGAGCAUUGUGAAUCUUCUUUUUUGUUGUUGUAAGAUUUUAUUUUAUUUGAUGUUUUGCAAAGCACACAACGGACAACAUCACACAAACAUCAACUACAUCACACCUGCCCAGACCCAUUAGCACACACCCCCAUCUCCAGUGCUUUGAGAAAAGAAAAGAAUCGUCCAGCCCAUUGGGUAUCUCACAACACCCCUAUAUUCCAUGUCUUGAAAUAUGCAUACUGACAGAUUAAGAGUAACAUUGUAAUACUUCUGACAGCUUUCUAGCUCCGCCCACAAAAAAAGACUGGACUAUUGAGUCAUUGGAUGCGUUUGUAAAUUCACUCUGGAUAUCUGAUUUCAGAGCACUCUGGUCUGAGUGCAGAAUAACUGAUGAAUUUGCAAACACCCAUUGAAUAUGAACGGUGUCAGUAAACAUCAGCAAAAACCGUAAUUCAGUUGUUGCCGGCAACACAGUUACGGUCACCAACGCUCUAGACAACAUGAAAACACCCUAACCAGCUCUGCUAGGGUGAAUAAAAUGGUCAGAAUGAGGUGUUCUCUCAUUUAUGUCGAAGUACAGUAGCUA